CAAAACUCUUUUGUUUUUCAUUUUAACCAAAACACGUGUGUCUUGGUCUGAAAGUGCCGUGAAAUUGUAUUUUAAUAUAUUUAAAAGAUUUGCGGCACAAUCAAGCCACCAUGCCGAAGGUACGCAGCACCCCGGGCAAGCCCCGGACGCAGGGAUUUAACCACUCCAAUCACUCGAUGAACCCAGAGCGCUCCAAGGAGGGACUUAAAGGAGUAGCUCAUCCCCGCACCAAGGGCACGAUUAAGCGGCUGCAGAUGUACCGCAACUUCAAGGCCAAGCGAGAUCGCACUGGAAAGAUCCUUACGCCGGCCCCCUUCCAGGGGCGCCUACCGGCUGGAACAAUGGCCAGAGUGGAGCCCACGCCCAAAUGGUUCAGCAAUUCCCGUGUCAUCUCACAAUCGGCACUGCAAAAGUUUCAGGAUGAGAUUGGUAAAGCUGUCAAGGAUCCCUAUCAGGUCAUCAUGAAGCCGUCGCAGCUGCCCGUGACGCUACUGAACGAGGCGGCCAAAUACAAGAGGGUUCAUCUACUGGAUACCGAGAGCUUUGACAGCACCUUUGGACCCAAGAAGCAGCGGAAGCGAGUCAGCCUUAAAGUGCGGGAUCUGGAGGAUCUGAGCAAGGCCGCGGAUGAGCAACAUGAGAAAUACGACUCCGCCAAGGAUCUGGAUCUGAUUCGGGAGGACACGGGCGAAAAGAAAGCGGUGCGAGAUUGGGUAUUCGGCGCCGGGCAGAGCAAGCGCAUUUGGAACGAGCUGCACAAGGUGGUGGAUGCGUCAGAUGUUCUCCUGCAGGUCCUCGAUGCUCGCGAUCCCAUGGGCACACGCUCGAAGUACAUUGAGGAGUUCCUGCGGAAGGAGAAGCCGCACAAGCAUCUGUUCUUCAUCCUUAACAAGGUGGAUCUGGUGCCGGUGUGGGUUACCCAGCGAUGGGUGGCCAUCCUAAGUGCGGAGUAUCCGACCAUAGCCUUCCAUGCAUCUCUCCAGCAUCCCUUCGGCAAGGGUGCCCUCAUCAAUCUGUUCCGUCAGCUCGGCAAGCUUCAUCUAGACAAGAAGCAGAUCAGUGUGGGCUUCAUUGGCUAUCCCAAUGUGGGUAAAUCUUCGGUGAUUAAUGCUCUGCGCUCCAAGAAAGUCUGCAACGUGGCUCCCAUUGCCGGCGAGACCAAGGUGUGGCAGUAUAUUACGCUGAUGAAGCGCAUCUUCCUCAUCGAUUGUCCCGGUGUGGUGUAUCCCUCGGCCGAGACGGACACAGAGAAGGUGCUCAAGGGUGUAGUGCGCGUGGAGCUCGUUACCAAUCCCGAAGACUAUGUUGACACCCUACUCCAACGAGUGCGACCUGAAUACAUCUCGAAGAACUACAAAAUCGAGCACUGGAAUACGUCGAAGCACUUCCUGGAGCAGCUGGCACAGAAGUCCGGCAAACUGUUAAAAGGAGGCGAGCCGGAUGUCACGCAAUCUGCUCGCAUGGUGCUCAACGAUUGGCAGCGCGGCAAGCUGCCUUUCUAUGUACCCCCCGAAGGAUUCGCCAUUCCCAAAUCCCAGGAGGGCAAGCAGGCAGAGGUUGCGUCUGAAGAGCCCAAUGACGAUGCUAAGUCCGAAGCACCAACCUUUGUCAGCGAAUCGGUAAAGAAGGCACGUGAGUUCAAGCAGAUUCAAGACUUCCGAAAGAUUCGCGUAGGUCUUGAGUACGAGCAACAGGACGUCAAGGAACUGGAUCACAUCGAUCUGGAGCUGCUGGAGCAGCAGAAAGCCGAGCGGGCGGCGCGCAAGAAGGCACGUAUCCACAACCUCGGCGAAGAGGAGGAGUCCAGCGAUGGGGCCGACGAUUUCUACUCGGAGGAUGAGUACAACGACGACUUGCAGCGCGUGGUGCACAAAAAGGCCAAGGUGAAGAAGACCCAGGCUCUGGCCAUCACGUCGUCCGGAAAGUUCCGCAUAGCCAAGAUGCAGCCUGGAGAUUCGGACGAUGCGGGAAACAGCUCCGAUGACGACGGCCCCAGCACCUCGAAGGCACCCCGCCUGACGGCCAAGCAGAAACGAGCCAUGGAGCGAAGUCAGAAGCGCAAGAAAAUCGGCAGCAACUUCUACGAGAUGACGAAUGUGAAGAACCGCAAUCGGAACAAGAAGAAGGACACGUAACGCACAUCCUACGUUUACACUCUAGGCUAUAUUCUGUUGCAAGGAAAGAGAAAUUACAUAUUAAGAAUCCAAGUAAACUGUUUGAUCCUA